AUGAGCUCAGUACCAAAUGACGAAAAGAUAAGACAAGCGGACGAAAUAAAUGACGGAGAGCAAGGCUCAGAGUCAAACUCAGUUCCUGCUCAAGCAAUCUCAGAAGAUGACGAAUACACGGAACAAGGUCAGGUGGGGGAGCAACAACCCCUAACAACUGAGCGUUUAGAUCAAAAGCAAGUGCAGGAGAUGCAAAAAUUGCGAUCGAAUAGCACCCAGGAUGCACCACCCGAUUUAGAACUGGAGUCUCUAACGCAUUUAAAUGCAGAAGACGUCAGUAGCAGAGGAAAGCAUGAUCAUAAUUUGGGGAACUCAGUAGAUGGUGCUGUCAUUGAAGAGCAUGACGAUAAUAAAAAUGGUAACAGUACUAAUGACGAACAGUUUCAAGAGACUGAAAAUUUUGAGAAUCCAGAAAUCAAAAAGGAAGAGGAGGAAGUAAGGCAAGAUGAAAGGGAAAAUCCCAAUAUCUCUCAACUUGAAAAACAGGAUAACGAGGAGAAUUUGAGCCACUCGAAAGAUCAACAGCUAGAAGCGGAUGUUGUUGUAGACACUGAACUACCUUCGAUACCAGUCAACCAAGCACCGAAAGACGAGCCAUUUGAAGACAAAGAGCACUACAUAGAAGCAGUCUCGAAGGAAAGUGAGCAAGGUAAUCAAAAUGACGACAAGAUAGAGGGACAGCAAGAAAUUGUGGAGACUGAGCAAGACACAGAGGCAAAAAAUUCUGAAGAUAAAGACGCAUCCAACGAAAAGGAAGAUGAUGAUGGUAUGGAAUCUGAACAAGUGCACGCGGAGCCAACGAAAGACCCACUCGCGAGUAGUUUGGACACCGGGCAUGACCAGAUUCACAGCCAACAAAUCGGAAGUGACCAACAAUUUGAAAGUGACGCGAUGGAAGUGGACCACCAGAAUGAAUUUGCUACAGCUGAGGGCGUAAAAGAAUAUGACGAGGAGGAGUUGAAUCAGGAGUUAGGCGAAGCUGAAAAUUUGAAAUACACUCAAGCUGACGAUCCAGCAUUUGAUGCCGAUUUCAAUGCCGAUGCUGGCACGAAUUCUAACGACAACUUUGACAGCUCGUAUCUUGUUGGAGACGCCAAUGAUGUACCAGAUGAUGAGGAUUCAGAAAUGAAAGAUGAGCUGACAGGCGAAGCCGAGAAGCAAGAACCAAGUCAGUCUCUCCAAGACAACCAGGACAGCAUCGGUGGAGCGGCACCAGUUCACACUCAAACUACCCCAUCAAGUAAUUUACCCUUUGUUGGUGAGAACUUAGCGGAGCGCAUUGAGGACUCGGUGAAAUCUAGAACCACAUCAGUGGUGGGCGAUGAGGACGAACAGGAGCAGCUCGUGCAAGAAGAACUUGAUGAUGCCGAGAAAACUGCACCGAAGUUUAAGCAAACUCAUUUGAUCGUCAUUCCUUCAUAUGCAAGCUGGUUCAACAUGAAGAAAAUACACAGAAUAGAAAAGGAGUCUUUGCCUGAGUUUUUUGACUCUUCUCAUCCUUCCAAAUCACCGAAACUUUACGCUAACUACAGAAAUUUCAUGAUAAAUUCAUACAGACUAAACCCAAAUGAGUUUUUAACGUUGACUUCUUGUCGCCGAAAUCUAGUCGGAGAUGUGGGGACCUUGAUGAGGGUACAUCGAUUUUUAAACAAAUGGGGGUUGAUUAACUAUCAGGUCAAGCCACAAUUCAAGCCGGGAUACGCUAUCGAAAAAUUACCAAACGGACUGCUGGUCGAUUUGCCUUACACAGGAGACUUCCAUGUGAAGUUUGACACGCCAAGGGGUCUCUUUCCAUUUGACACUUCCAGAAUUCCACCGGAAAGAGUAGACAUCGACAAAUUGAAAAGCCUCAUGCAGACUGAUAUACUGACGCAUCCUAAAAUAGAAAAGAAUGGAGGUAGCAGAAAACAUUCAUUGAGUGCCGAGAAUGAGCACAAAGUCGAUGAGCCUGUAUCAAAGAGACAAAAAAGCGACGGGUGGAGUCCGGAGGAUGUUAGUAAAUUGGUGAAUGCGGUCAAUAAGUACAAGAAUGAUUGGUAUCAAAUCGCCUCUGUUGUUGGAAACGCAAAAACCCCACAGCAGUGUGUUCUCAAGUUUUUGAAGUUACCUUUAGAGGACAAAUUCAAUCCCAUUAAGGAUGAUGAGACAAGUGAUAUCCAACUUUUGAAAUUUGCCUCGAGUUAUCCAGUGAACUCUAUAGACAACCCAGUGUUGGCUAACCUAGUGUUUAUGACAAGAUUAGUUGAUAGCGAUGUUGCCAAAGCUGCUAGCGAAGCUGCUAUUAAAGCAAUGGAUGCCACAAUUCGAAAGAAAAUAACCGAUCUGUAUGGAGAAAAGAGUGACCGAGUUGACGAAGACAAGAGAGACACAAACUCUGCUGGAAAAGAUCCCGGACUCAAACAUGAGAUAAACACGGAUGAUGCAGAACAGUCGAUACAAAACGGACACGGUCGAGAAGAUACCGCCGAAAGCGAAGCAACUGCUACUACCUUUGGUAUUGUGGGUGCCCGAAGUCAUCUUUUUGCCAAUUACGAGGAACGGGAAAUGCACAAGAUAAGUGCCAGUAUUGUUAAUCAAGAGUUGUCAAAAGUUGAAACAAAAUUGGCAAAGAUUGAAGAGUUGGAGAAGAUCUAUGAACGUGAGAGACAGAAUUUGGCAAGGCAGCAGGAGGAAAAUUUCGUUGAUCGAUUAGCUUUGACUAAAUCCACCCUUGACGUUAUCAAAAAGCUUGAGGAUGCAGCUCUGUACUUGGAGGCAAAGGAUUCAAGUGAAGAGAACAAAUUCGAUCAGGACAAGUUCAAAAGUCUCGUUUCCGAAGCGAGAAGCUUGAUUUAUAAGCCGACAAAGCAGCUGGUAGAGGAAGUCAACACGCUGAGUGACGAGAAACCCGAUUUCAAGAAGAAUGAGUCAGAGGAAUAUGGAGGCGAAGAUUACAAACCAUUGUCGUUGACCUCCCCUCAGAAUUUCACCGUAUGGGCGCCGUGA